AUGAUUUUCGCGGCGGCGAUAACCGCGAUUGCUUUGAUUUCGUUACCAGCGGCGGUUGAAUCGCAGACAACGUGCGUGAGCAAGCUAGUCCCCUGUUUCGAUGCCUUGAAAACGACGACGACUCCAUCGAAAGAAUGUUGCGAUUCGAUCAAAGAAGCGGUGAAGGAUGAGCUUCCUUGUCUCUGUACCGUCUACAAAACUCCUGGUUUACUCGCUCAAUUCAACGUCACGACCACUCAAGCUCUAAGUAUCAGUGCUCGAUGUGGAGUUAAUACUGAUCUCUCUGCUUGUCCUUCCGGUUCUGGAACUCCAUCGCCAAAAGCUUCUUUAUCUCCUCCAGCAGGUGGAAGUAAAGGAAAUGACGCCGGAGCUGGAAACAAGCUCGUCGGUUAUGGAAUCACCACCGUGAUCUUGUCUUUGGUUUCGACCAUCUUCUUCUGA